GGGAUAUUAGUUUUAUUUAUUUAUCAAGAUCUUGAAAUGAAAUCUUCCGACUAUAAAAUAGUAUGCAAUAACAUGUACUACAAACCAGAAGAUAUAAUAAUCUACUGAAGAACAAGGAGCUAGCUAAUAUCCAUGGCGAUAUCUCAUAUCCAGCCUUUGCUUCUUCUUCUUCUUCUUGUGUCACUCUUUGUCUUGCCUGCUUUGAGCGUCAGCUUCAGUAACUGCAAUAGUCCUAAUGAGUAUCCCGUUAACGUCACGACUGUAAAGAUCUCUCCGUACCCGGUUAAGCGUAGUACUAAUGGAAACAUUACGAUAACCGGUUAUACAAGCAAAUACAUCCCUGAUGGAGUAACUGUAAAUCUCGAACUGUACACGUUUGUUCUGAUCUCUAAGAAAACAUACUCACUCUGUGAUGUAACGGCAUGCCCUGUUGCAACUGGCCCCUUUGUGAUUACUUUACCUAACGUUUUCACUCCGAAGGAAUUAAAAUCAGCAGGGUAUGGUGUUACAGUAAUCAUCAAUGAGGAGAAUGUGAGAGACCCAAUGAUGUGCAUCGUGUUUGCUUGUAAGAUCAAAGGAGCUGGUAAUCACAACUUCAUUGAGGUGAAGACUGUAGAGAUGUCACCAGACCCGGUUAAACGUAGCAGCAAAGACAUUGCUGAUGGAGCAACUGUAAAUUUGGGCCUUUCGAUAUGGUUUCCAGUGUCUACUAAACGUUACUCACUCUGUGAUGUAACGGCAUGCCCUGUUGUACCUGGUCCCUUUGUGAUUACUUUAUCUAACAUACUCACUGAUAAGGAAAAGAAACGACCAAGGGGAUAUAAUGUUGUAAUAGCCAUUACCGAGAAGGAUCUGGAAGAUGAACCAGUGAUGUGCGUCAUGUUCGCUUUUGUUUUCAAAAGAGGUUAUGCGUCUCUGCUUAGUCAAGUUACUGGGUGAAACCUAUAUGUUGUUUAUAUGAGUCUCUCUCGUUAAUUACUCUUUGAAUGGUAACAACCCUAAAGUUUGUAUCCUUUUUUACCUUCUGUAUGUGUCGUCCAACAAAUAAAAAUAAAAAUAAAAGGGCUAAUAAAC